CAGAAGGCAUGAGGUAUCAUGGACCCAGAUGCUAUACAGUGGGAAAACCAGCCUGGCAACAUAGUGCGUAUUAAUAAAAGGACACCACAUCCUGCCAAAUUCCAGCUGCGCUAAUUGUAUUGUGUUCACAGAGCUCACAAGCUAUCAGAAAGUUGUAUGGCAACCACCUCCGGCGCCAAAUAGAACUGGCAGACAUAGACAUUCAGUACAAGAAGAAAAAGAUGGAAAAUCUUGCACUGGAGUCCGAAAUAAAAAAGAGGACAAUUAGGAAACUGGACCUUGAAAUAAAAAAACUUGAGAGGGAGCUCCAAGAAGAUGACACAGCUCAAAAUAAAAAUUAGCAAUCAGUACAACCAAGUCAUCGUUAUAAGGCAUCGCCCUCUUUUGCCCACCCCCCCAGCACCAGGUGUGGCCACUAGCCUAUAUGAAGGCCCAAAAUUGUGUGUUCCUUUCUGCUCUGACAAUGGCAUGCCCAUUCGUGCGAGAUGUGGUGGAUGAAGAAGCACUUGUGCUGAGGAGAGCCUUCAGGCGAGAAAGGGUCUUCAGGGACCGGUUGGACCCACUGGCCUUCCCCGACGACCAUCUAUAUGAAAGAUACAGGUUUUCUGCAGAUGGCAUCAGGUAUCUAUGCAGACUACUGGGUCCCAGGAUUAAGCACCGCACUGCACGGAGCCAUGCACUGAGUGUGGAGCAAAUGGUUUGUGUGGCCUUGCUUUUUGCUAGUGGAGCCUUCCUGUACUGUGGGGAUGCAGAACAGCUGAACAAGGCCACAAUUUGCCGCACAAUAAGGAGUGUGUGUCUGGCUAUCAAAGCAUUAGCAGAUGUCUUCAUCUCCUUCCCUGGCCACAGAAGACUCUGUGACAUCAAAGAGGAGUUCUAUAGGAUUGCAGGUUUCCCCAAUGUCAUUGGUGCAGUGGACUGCACACACAUAAGGAUAAAAGCCCCCUCAGGUGCCCAUGAGGCCGAUUUUGUGAAUAGGAAAUCCUUUCACAGCAUUAAUGUUCAGAUGGUCUGCAAUGCUGACUGUGUGAUCAGCAAUGUUGUGGCAAAAUGGCCUGGCUCAGUCCAUGACUCCAGAAUCUUUCGGGCCUCUGAAAUCUAUCAGUGCCUAUCACAAGGUGAAUUCUCUGGUGUGUUGCUGGGAGACAGGGGGUAUGGCUGCCAGCCUUUUCUCCUGACACCUUUCACAGACCCCCAGGAAGCACAGCAGGCCUACAACCAUGCCCAUGCCAGGACCAGGGCCAGAGUUGAAAUUACCUUUGGCCUCCUGAAGGCACGCUUUCACUGCCUUCACAAAUUAAGGGUCAGCCCUGUUAGGGCAUGUGAUAUUACUGUGGCUUGUGCUGUCCUCCACAAUGUGGCCUGCCUGAGGAAGGAGAGGGCCCCCAGAGUGCCACCAGCCAUGGACUGGGACAAUCCGGCAAUCUUCCCUGAUGACGACAGUGGUCGGCUGCUGAGGGACCAAUAUGUGUUGAAUUAUUUUAGUUAGUAUGUGUGCUUUCAAUUUUGGUUAAAUAUGUCCUGCGGUGGCAGAGGAAUUUGGGUUUUUUUGGGUUCGUUUUUUUACGAAUUUGUCCUCUUUAUGAUGUUUGUGCGGUAUACUGUGUGUAAUACAAGGCUGCAGGGAGGCUACUGCAUCCAUUCAUUUGUCUGUUCAGUUGAUGUGUAUGGAUUUGUCCUGCAUUUAUUUUAGUGUGCAGACAUGCAGGGUGUGUUAUAUACAGACCUUUGAAUGUGUAUGUAUCAUUUUGUAUAAUAUGCUUGGAUUCUGUGCUUUCCAUCUUGUAGAGUCACUGUGACUUCAGUUUCGAAAGGAGCUGAUGGUUUACCUGCUUUGUUUUGUCCUUAUUCAAUAAAGGAACAUAAUGUUACACAUUGUGUUUUUAUAUUCAUAUGGAAUGUGUAUUUGUUUAUAUGACAGAGUACUAGGGCCACACUGAAGAAAAAGGAUAAAGUCAUAAAUUUAUGAGGCUGGUUCUUUCUGCAGAAAAGCUACAUAUUGUUUUUACAGUUUUGAUACUUAUGACAAUGUGAUACUUAAUAUUCUGGCACAUCAGCAUGUCUUUGUUUAUGAAACCAUACUGAAGUACAAUUUCACGAAAUGCCCCGCAUCUGUCAUUUUAACAACUGUCCUCCUUUAAAACAACUGGUUACAAUAUUAUGACUUGUCUUUUUUUUCCCUCUGUGGCCCUAAUAUUCUAUCAUUUUAUAUAUAGUCUAUGGGAAACUGUAAAUUAUCUAAUGAUAGCAACAUCUAAAAAUCAU